AGUCCGGACGUGGUGGACGCCGGGUACCUGCAGCUCCUCUCCCAGUCGAAGCCUGAACCUCUUCCUGCUCAGUCUACCUGCAGUCCGGGCAUCAAUCCGCCUCCUCAACUCGUCUCUGUGGACCUUUAAACCAAACAAGGCUCAAACAUGUCUCAGAAGAUCAAAGCCGGCUCUGUGGUGGAGAUGCAGGGAGACGAGAUGACCCGAGUCAUCUGGGAGCUCAUCAAGGAGAAACUCAUCUUCCCCUACCUGGAGAUGGACCUGCACAGCUAUGACCUCGGUAUGGAGAACAGAGACGCAACAGAUGACCGAGUGACGGUUGAGGCGGCGGAGGCGGUCCGCCGUUACAGCGUGGGCAUCAAGUGCGCCACCAUCACGCCGGAUGAGAAUCGCGUGGAGGAGUUCAAACUGAAGCAGAUGUGGCGUUCGCCCAACGGCACCAUCCGUAACAUCCUGGGAGGAACCGUGUUCAGGGAGGCCAUCCUCUGCAAGAACAUCCCUCGCCUGGUGCCCGGAUGGAUCAAGCCCAUCAUCAUCGGCAGGCACGCCCACGGAGAUCAGUACAAAGCCACAGACUUCGUGGUGCCCGGGCCGGGGAAGGUGGAGAUGACCUACACACCAGCUAACGGAGAGCCGGUCAAAUAUGUCAUCUAUGAGUUUGAGGGCACAGGUGGGGUUGCCAUGGGGAUGUACAACACAGAUAAGUCCAUCCGGGACUUUGCCCACAGCUCCUUCCAGAUGGCUCUGACUAAAGCCUGGCCUCUGUACCUCAGCACCAAGAACACCAUCCUGAAGAAGUACGACGGGCGCUUCAAAGACAUCUUCCAGGAGAUCUACGAGAAGGAUUACCGUGCUCAGUUUGAGGCCAAAGGCAUCUGGUACGAGCACCGUCUGAUAGAUGACAUGGUGGCCCAGGCCAUGAAGUCAGAGGGAGGCUUCAUCUGGGCCUGCAAGAACUACGACGGAGACGUGCAGUCUGACUCUGUGGCACAAGGUUAUGGCUCCCUGGGUAUGAUGACCAGCGUGCUUAUCUGUCCUGAUGGACGCACUGUGGAGUCUGAGGCCGCCCACGGCACGGUGACACGCCAUUACAGACAACACCAGCAGGGGAAAGAGACCUCCACAAACCCCAUAGCCUCCAUCUUUGCGUGGACCCAGGGUCUGCUCCACCGGGCCAAGCUGGACAACAACACCCCGCUGAGGGUCUUCUCUGAGGCGCUGGAGGCCGUCUGCAUCGAGACCAUCGAGGCCGGCUUCAUGACCAAGGACCUGGCUAUCUGCAUCAAAGGCCUGCCAAAUGUGACUCGUGCCGACUACCUGAACACCUUCGAGUUCCUGGACAAGCUGGCAGAGAACCUGAAGCUGAAGCUAGCGAACCCUCCUAAACUGUGAUCUGACCUCCAGCCUCAGCCGCUAAACACAGACACACACACACACACACAUUCAGACACAUGCAC